GAAAAAAAGUAGGGGGCUGUUUUAAUUAUGGAGAAUAAAGAAACAUGACAAUCGCUCUUGCUUCUCGGCCACCGACAUGCCAUCCAGGCUGAGGAAGAUUCAAAAACUUCAGGGCACAAGAGCAGGGGCCACAGCUGCAUCAGGAAGCACCCGGGAGGCUAAGGUAAUCCUGGUGGCUUGCAUCAUCACAGCAUCAACUUGGACAAAUAUCACCCAGGCGUCUGGGAAAGUUGGUAUGAGGCAUUACCGCUUAAAGAGGAACCAGAGCUUCUGCCCAACUGAUAAACUGUGGACCCUGGUCAGUGAGCAGACACGGGUAAAUGCUGCCAAGAGCAAGACUGGAGCUGCUCCUAUCAUUGAUGUGGUGCGAUCGGGCUACUACAAAGUUCUGGGGAAGGGAAAGCUCCCAAAGCAGCCUGUCAUUGUGAAGACCAAGUUCUUCAGCAGAAGAGCCGAGGAGAAGAUUAGGGGUGUUGGUGGGACCUGUGUCCUGGCAGCUUGAAGCUACACGGAGGGAAGUUCAUUAAA